AUGGUCGUCCUACUUAGCGUAAACAGUAAACAAGGUCGACCUUGGUUGAAAAAUCGUGACCAUGAAAAUUUUCACAAAAUUGAAAUGAAUAUUUGGCUGCCGUGCAGCAACAUUCGAAAGAUUUCAAAGAGCAUCACCAAGAGCAUCAAAGAGCAUCAAAGAGCAUCAAAUAAUUUGGCAAAAGUGGCUAGGUUAAACAAAGCCGUAUUGAAUUAUCAUGCGAAUGUGGAGAAAGAACAGAAGAAAGAACAGGAAAGAAUCGAAAAAGAACGUAUGAGACGUUUAAUGGUCGAAGAAGAAGGUUACAGCGAUGGAAGAAUUCUCAGCGAACCUUUCAUAAAAUUACCUUCUAAAAAUAAAUUACCGGAUUAUUACGACAUAAUAAAAAAACCUUUGGAUAUCAAGAAAAUAUUUAAUAGGAUAGAAGAUGGAAAAUAUUCGGAUUUUGACGAUUUGGAAAAGGAUUUUACUCAAAUGUGUAAAAAUGCUCAAAUAUACAACGAAGAAGCUUCUCUAAUACACGAAGAUUCGAUCGUACUUCAAUCCGUGUUUACGAACGCGAGACAAAGAUUGGAACAGGAUGCGGAAACGGAUGAGGAUAAAGGUGAUGAUGAGAGAAUCCCGUCAACGGAAAUGACGUCGUCUUUUGCGGGGGGUAGAGAAGAUAAAAGAGAAAAAAAUGAAUUAGGUUAA